AGGACACCUGGGUCGGGCAAACCCGGAGGGAAGCAAGAAACGUCAGGAUCUGGGUUUGCAAGCUGAGCCUCAAAGGAAAGUGGAGGCUGCAGCCUGGUUCAGCCCCCGCUGCCCUUAGAGGACGACUGAGUCUGGACCGAGGGCUUUCGCGCCUUUGAGCUGGAAAAAGCCUGAGGGAAGGAAGCAAGGCAUCUCUGCGGGCCUGAGGAGGAAGAGCAGGGUUGAAAAUAGCCUUGGGUCACAAGCGUAGGUUGGAGGCAGGCCCCCACAGGCUGCGCAUUAAAAUGGCUGGCUAUGCCACUACUCCUAACCCCAUGCAGACCCUUCAGGAGGAGGCUGUUUGUGCCAUCUGCCUGGAUUACUUCAAGGAUCCUGUGUCCAUAGGCUGCGGGCACUUCUGCCGAGGGUGUGUGACCCAGCUGUGGGGCAAAGAUGAGGAAGACAGGGAAGAGGAGGAAGAUGAAUGGGAGGAGGACGAGAACGACGAUGUGGAGGGGACCAUCGGUGGAUGGAACAACUCUAUUCGAGAGGUUUUGUACCCGGGCAAUGCUGAUGAGGUGUUCCAGGACCAAGAAGAUGAUGAACUCUGGGUUGGUGAUGGUGGCGUCAGGAAUUGGGACAACAUGGACUAUGUGUGGGACCAGGAGGAAGAGGAGGAGGAAGACCAGGACUAUUACCUGGGAGACUUGAGACAUGACCUGAGAAUUGACGUCUACCAGGAGAUACUGGAAGAAUACGAUGAGAACGACCAAGAGCUGUAUCCUGACACCCACCUGCCUCCUCCAGCCCCUCCACCUCAGUUCACCUGUCCCCAGUGCCGAAAGAGCUUUACACGUCGCAGCUUUCGUCCCAACUUGCAGCUGGCCAACAUGGUCCAGAUAAUUCGCCAAAUGUGCCCCACUCCUUAUCAAGGAAGCUGGGGGAAUGACCAGGGCAUCUGCUCGAAACACCAGGAAGCCCUGAAGCUCUUCUGUGAGGUGGACAAAGACGCCAUCUGUGUGGUAUACCGAGAAUCCAGGAGCCACAAACAGCACAGCGUAGUGCCAUUGGAGGAAGUGGUGCAGGAGUACAAGCAGAGGAUGGAAUUUCUCAGCAAACUCUGGUUAUUUAACCCCAGUAUGAGCCGGAAGGACGGUUUCCUCUUCAGCUUUCUUAUCUCGUGGUCGGGUGCGGCCCUCCAGCAGGUUUCCACCUCCCAGAGGCCAGAUCAAAGACACCUGGAAUGAAAAGGCCCAGAGGCCCUACCAUGCCUACAAUGGCAGCAGACUGUUAUGGGAAGCACGUGGUUUACUUAAGAUGA